AUCUCAGUGCUCUGAAGAUCAAGGAGAAGCAAAGUUCUUCAGCAGCCCUGCCAUCUCCAGAGUGGGUAUUUGUGAAACCAGAUACUUUGAUUAAAAUUCUGUUGGACUCUGCUUGGCUAAUCCAUGCAAGAUUUCAUCAUGGGAAAUGGCUAUUACAACAUAGUGGCUACUGUGCUAUUGGUCAUGAAUUUUGAGAGGACACGAUCAUUGCAGGAUUUCUGUAACUGUUCAGCAGGUACUUUCUGUGGGAAAAACAGUCAGGAGUCUUGCAUUUCUUGUCCUUUAAAUAGUUUCUCCAGCACAAGUGGACAGAAGUCCUGUGACAUAUGCAGAAAGUGUGAAGGUAUUUUCAGGAUCAAGAAGCCGUGUUCCCCCACCAGCAAUGCAGAGUGUGAAUGCAUUUCGGGAUUCCACUGCCAAGGGGUAGGAUGUACCAUGUGUGAAAAGGACUGUAAACAAGGCCAAGAGUUAACAAAUGAGGGUUGUAAAGACUGCUCUUUUGGGACAUUUAAUGAUCGGGAACAUGGCAUCUGUCGACCUUGGACAGACUGUUCUUUGAAUGGAAAGGCUGUCCUUGUAAACGGGACGAAGGAAAGUGACGUAGUAUGUGGACCACCAUCACCUGACUUCUCUCCAGAUGCAUCGUCCACCAUCGUGCCUGCCCCUGGGAGAGAGCCAGGUCUCACUUCCAAGAUCAUCAUCUUCUUCCUUGCCCUGUUAUCAGCUGCCAUGCUGUGCCUGGCAUCCUUCGUGAUUCUCCGUUUCUCUGUGGUUAAACAGGGCAGAAAGAAGCUCCUGUAUAUAUUCAAACAACCAUUUAUGAGACCAGUACAAACAGCCCAAGAGGAAGAUGCCUGCAGCUGCCGAUUUCCAGAAGAAGAGGAAGGAGAGUGUGAACUGUGAAGAUGUGUUGGGACUCUCUUGAGAAGAAUCAAAGGAGAAAUAUGAGGGAUCCCACUAUUGUACCUUUCUAAAACAUCAUUCCAGUUCACACCCAAGAUUACCCCAACAAACUUUUCCUAAAUGCUAAUGAAUUGGCCUUUGAAGAUGUACCACUUUUAACAGAACAAAAAAAUGGGACACAACUGGUGGUAAAGGGGGCAUUUUGUAGAUAUUGCUUAAGAGGUUCAGGCUAGUUUUCUUGAAAUCCAGAGAAAUAUAUUUUAAAUUUAAUCAUGGAAUCCAAUGGUGCAGCAAAUAUGAUAAUCAAAAUCAGUUCUAUUUUUUUUUUUCUUCUGGUGCUCAUAUGACAUGUGGCAAUAAGCCGUUAAAUUCAGACAAUAUCCCUGACCAGAUUUUCCAUUGGUUCAAGCAUCCUCCACAAGGGCCUCCUCCACUGUUGGGGGAGAGAAAGAUGACAAUCAUCGUCAUGGCCCAGGUUUGGGGUCAAGAGCAAAAAAAUG